CCUCUGCUCUCAGCCAUGAUCGCCAGACAGCAAAGCGUCCGAGGAGCAGCCCGGGGCUUUAGCGGUGGCUCAGCCAUUGCUGGAGGAGUCAAGAGGGUGGCCUUCAGCUCGGCCUCCAUGUCUGGGGGUGCAGGCCGCUGCUCCUCGGGGGGCUUCGGCAGCAGGAGCCUCUACAACCUCGGGGGCCACAAGAGCAUCUCCAUGAGCGUGGCAGGGUCCUGCCAAGGUGGUGGCUAUGGGGGUGCCAGAGGCUUCGGCAUCGGAGGCUUCGGUGCUGGUGGCUUUGGCGGUGGCUUCGGAGGCUCCUUCAAUGGUCGAGGUGGUCCUGGCUUUCCUGUCUGUCCUGCUGGAGGGAUUCAGGAGGUCACCAUCAACCAGAGCCUGCUGACACCUAUCCAGGUGGAGAUUGACCCAGAGAUCCAGAAAGUCCGCACUGCAGAGCGGGAGCAGAUCAAGACCCUCAACAACAAAUUUGCUUCCUUCAUCGACAAGGUUCGGUUUUUAGAGCAACAGAACAAGGUCCUGGAGACCAAAUGGAACCUCCUCCAGCAGCAGACAACCACCACAUCCCCCAGGAACCUGGACCCUUUCUUUGAGACUUACAUCAAUGCCUUGAGGAAGAAUCUGGACAGUUUGACAAAUGACAAAGGACGCUUGCAGUCAGAGCUGAAGCUCAUGCAGGACAGCGUGGAGGACUUCAAGACCAAGUAUGAAGAUGAGAUCAACAAGCGCACAGCCGCAGAGAACGACUUCGUGGUCCUCAAGAAAGACGUGGACGCUGCCUACAUGAUCAAGGUGGAGUUAGAGGCCAAGGUGGACAGCCUUAAGGAUGAGCUCAACUUCCUGAGGGUCCUCUACGAAGCGGAGCUGUCCCAGAUGCAGACACACGUCUCAGACACCUCUGUGGUACUGUCCAUGGACAACAACCGGAACCUGGACCUGGACAGUAUCAUCGCUGAGGUCCGCACUCAGUACGAGGAAAUUGCUCGGAGGAGCAAGGCUGAGGUCGAGUCCUGGUACCAGAUCAAGGUCCAGCAGCUCCAGAUUUCAGCUGACCAACAUGGCGACAGCCUGAAGAGCACCAAGAAUGAGAUCUCAGAGCUUAACAGGAUGGUCCAGAGGCUGCGGGCAGAGAUUGAGAACAUCAAGAAGCAGUGCCAGACCCUGCAGGCAUCUGUGGCUGAUGCGGAGCAGCGUGGGGAGCUGGCCCUCAAAGAUGCCUACAGCAAACGCACAGAGCUGGAGGCCGCCCUGCAGAAGGCCAAGGAGGACCUGGCCCGGCUGCUGCGCGACUACCAGGCGCUCAUGAACGUCAAGCUGGCCCUGGACGUGGAGAUCGCCACCUACCGCAAGCUGCUGGAGGGCGAGGAGUGCAGGAUGUCUGGAGAAUGCCAGAGCGCCGUGAGCAUCUCGGUAGUUGGCGGCAGCGCCAGCAUUGGCGGCAGCGCCGGCAUCGGCCUUGGCCUGGGAGGCGGUUUUGGCUCUGGUUCCGGUUCUGGAAGCGGCUUUGGGUUUGGUGGUGGUGUCUAUGGCGGUUCCGGUUCCAAGAUCACCUCUACCACCACCAUAACCAAGAGGUCCCAGCGAUAG